AUGGACAGAGCAGAUCAGUGUGAAUGUCAGAGUGGGAGGAAGCUGGACCAACCUGAGCCCAGCUGUGUGUCUAUGAACAGUGAUUGGUCUAUGGAGCAUCCUAUUACCUUCAAAGAUGGACGCCACUCUGAUGAUCACAGGGGGAAGCUGGACCAACCUGAACCCAGCUGUGUGUCCAUGAAAAGUGAUUGGUCUAUGGAGCUUCCUUAUAACUUCAAAGAUGGACGCCACUCUGAUGAUCACAGAGUGGACCAGGAGAGCUCAGAGGUUCCCAGUGGUCAGUCUGCCCAGCAGCAUCAAACACAGCUGGACUCCAUAUUUAUGCUGCUGGAGGAGAACAUCGUCACUUUUGUGAAGAACGAGCUGAAGAAGAUGCAGAAGGUUCUGAGUCCAGAUGACCCAGAAUGCUUAGAGAGUCAGAGGGAGGAUGAGGAGGUGUUGGACGGUGAGGAGGAAGAGCAGAGGAGGAACAGCAGAGAGGCUUUUCUAAAGAUCGCACUACACUUCCUGAGGAGGAUGAAGCAGGAGGAGCUGGCUGAGCAUCUGCAGAGCAGAACUCCUGCUGGCAGGUGUCGACUUAAACUCAAGACUAACCUGCAGAAGAAGUUCCAGUGUCUGUUUGAGGGGGUCGCUAAAGCAGGAAACCCAACCCUUCUGAAUCAGAUCUACACACCGCUCUACAUCACAGAGGGAGGGACUGCAGAGGUCAAUGAUGAACAUGAGGUCAGACAGAUUGAAACAGCAUCCAGGAAACCAGACAGACCAGAAACAACAAUCAGACAAGAAGACAUCUUUAAAGCCUCACCUGGAAGAGAUGAACCAAUCAGAACAGUGAUGACAAAGGGAGUGGCUGGCAUUGGGAAAACAGUCUUAACACAGAAGUUCACUCUGGACUGGGCUGAAGACAAAGCCAACCAGGACAUACACUUCACAUUUCCAUUCACUUUCAGAGAGCUGAAUGUGCUGAAAGAGAAAAAGUACAGCUUGGUGGAACUUGUUCAUCACUUCUUUACUGAAACCAAAGAAGCAGGAAUCUGCAGGUUUGAGGAGUUCCAGGUUGUGUUCAUCUUUGACGGUCUGGAUGAGUGUCGACUUCCUCUGGACUUCCACAACAAUAAGAACCUGACUGAUGUUACAAAGUCCACCUCAGUGGAUGUGCUGCUGACAAACCUCAUCAGGGGGAAACUGCUUCCCUCUGCUCGCCUCUGGAUAACCACACGACCUGCAGCAGCCAAUCAGAUCCCUCCUGAGUGUGUCGACAUGGUGACAGAGGUCAGAGGGUUCAGUGACCCACAGAAGGAGGAGUACUUCAGGAAGAGAUUCAGAGAUGAGGAGCAGGCCAGCACCAUCAUCUCCCACAUCAAGACAUCACGAAGCCUCCACAUCAUGUGCCACAUCCCAGUCUUCUGCUGGAUCACAGCUACAGUUCUGGAGGAUGUGUUGAAAAGAAGAGAGGGAGGAGAGCUGCCCAAGACCCUGACUGAAAUGUACAUCCACUUCCUGGGGGUGCAGUCCAAACUGAAGAAGGUCAAGUAUGAUGGAGGAGCUGAGACAGAUCCACACUGGAGUCCAGAGAGCAGGAAGAUGAUUGAGUCUCUGGGAAAACUGGCUUUUGAGCAGCUGCAGAAAGGCAACCUGAUCUUCUAUGAAUCAGACCUGACAGAGUGUGGCAUCGAUAUCAGAGCAGCCUCAGUGUACUCAGGAGUGUUCACACAGGUCUUUAAAGAGGAGAGAGGGCUGUACCAGGACAAGGUGUUCUGCUUCGUCCAUAUGAGUGUUCAGGAGUUUCUGGCUGCUCUUCAUGUCCAUCUGACAUUCAUCAAGUCUAGAGUCAAUCUGCUGGCAGAAGAACAAACAACACCCUGGUGGUCACUUUUCUACCAGAGUGCUGUGGACGAGGCCUUAAAGAGUCCAAAUGGACACCUGGACUUGUUCCUCCGCUUCCUCCUGGGUCUUUCACUGCAGACCAAUCAGACUCUCCUACGAGGCCUGCUGACACAGACAGGAAGUAGCUCACAGACCAAUCAGGAAACAGUUGAGUACAUCAAGAAGAAGAUCAGUGAGAAUCUGUCUGCAGAGAGAAGCAUCAAUCUGUUCCACUGUCUGAAUGAACUGAAUGAUCGUUCUCUAGUGGAGAAGAUCCAACAGUCCCUGAGAUCAGGAAGUCUCUCCACAGAUAAACUGUCUCCUGCUCAGUGGUCAGCUCUGGUCUUCAUCUUACUGACAUCAGAAAAAGAUCUGGACGUGUUUGACCUGAAGAAAUACUCUGCUUCAGAGUAUUCUUCAGAGGAGGCUCUUCUGAGGCUGCUGCCAGUGGUCAAAGCCUCCAAAAAAGCUCUGCUGACUGACUGUAACCUCUCAGAGAGAAGCUGUGCAGCUCUGUCCUCAGUUCUCAGCUCCCAGUCCUCUAGUCUGAGAGAUCUGGACCUGAGGAACAACAACCUGCAGGAUUCAGGAGUGAAGCAGCUUUCUGCUGGACUGGAGAGUCCACACUGUACACUGAAGACUCUCAGGCUGAAUGGCUGUAACCUCUCAGAGAGAAGCUGUGCAGCUCUGUCCUCAGUUCUCAGCUCCCAGUCCUCUAGUCUGAGAGAUCUGGACCUGAGUAACAACAACCUGCAGGAUUCAGGAGUGAAGCAGCUUUCUGCUGGACUGGAGAGUCCACACUGUGAACUGAAGACUCUCAGCCUGUCAGGAUGUCUGAUCACAGAGGAAGGCUGUGCUUCUCUGGCCUCAGCUCUGAGGGCCAACCCCUCCCAUCUGAGAGAGCUGGACCUGAGCUACAAUCAUCCAGGAGACUCAGGAGAGAAGCUUCUGUCUGCUGGACUGGAGGAUCCACAGUGGAGACUGGACACUCUCAGCCUGCAGCCUGCUGGAGUCCGAUGGUUGACACCAGGUCUGAGGAAGUAUUUCUGUGAACUCACACUGGAUCCAAACACAGCAAACAGAAAACUCAAACUGUCUGAUAACAACAGGAAGGUGACGCGUGUGAAGGAGGAUCAGUCAUAUCCUGAUCAUCCAGACAGACAUGAUGUCUAUCCUCAGCUGCUGAGUAGAAAUGUUCUGACUGGUCGCUGUUACUGGGAGGUCGAGUGGAGAGGAUACGUUUAUAUAUCAGUGAGUUACAGAAGAAUCAGCAGGAAAGGAGAAAGUAAAGACUGUUGGUUUGGAUUGAACGAUCAGUCCUGGAGACUGGAGUGCUGUGAUGAUGGUUACUCUGUCCGUUACUAUGUCUGUCACAAUAGCAGACAAACAUCCAUCUCCUCCUCCUCCUCCUCCCCCUCCUCCUCCUCCUCUGUCUCUAACAGAGUAGCAGUGUAUGUGGACUGUCCUGCUGGCACUCUGUCCUUCUACAGAGUCUCCUCUGACACACUGAUCCACCUCCACACCUUUAACACCACAUUCACUGAACCUCUGUAUGCUGGGUUUGGGUUCUGGUCUGACACAUCUCUG